GAAUGGCGGAGACUGUUUUGAAGGCUUCUCGCUGUGAGCGCCCAGGUCUCAUCCUCUGCAGGUGUUAGUCUCUCAGAGGGCGGUGGUUUCAGCAGCGCGGACCGCGCCACGCCACGCCACGCCACGCCGGCUGGGGAGGUCGAGGCUCUGCAGCUGCUGCCGUAACGUCACAGCGCCCAGCAUGUCGGUCCAUUUCGAGGAGAGGAGCGGGGUCGUGCCCUGUCAGACGCCCUGGGGGUCGUGGUAUCAGACCAUGGAGGAGGUCUUCAUCGAGGUCAACGUUCCUCCGGGAACCUCAGGCAAAGAGGUCCGGUGUAAACUUGGAAGCAAAGAAGUGGAGCUGAACGUCAAAGGACAGGAGAUCUUCAAGGGAAAGCUGUUUGGAACCACAGUGGGAGACGAAGCCACGUGGACGCUGGAGGACAAAAAGCUGAUCCGGAUUGUCCUGAUGAAGACAAAUCGGCAGGCUGGAAACUGCUGGGCUUCCCUGCUAGAAGGGCAGUAUGCCGCUGACCCAUGGGUUCAGGACCAGAUGCAGAGAAAACUCACGCUGGAAAGGUUCCAGAGAGAGAAUCCUGGAUUUGACUUCAGCGGUGCUGACAUUUCUGGAAACUUCCAUGGUGGGGGACCAGAUUUCUCUAGUUUGGAGAAGUAAAACCACAGUACUCCAGGAGAGCAUGAGGACUUAACUGACAGUGAGCAGUAGGGGUUGGUUUCCGUUCAGUGGGAGGUCUUCAGGUGUUUUCUUUUGCACUUCAAGUGGGUGAUUGUAUGGGAUCUUUGGACGUUCAAUAAUUUGGGGUUCAGGCUGUUGGUGUUGAAGCCAUAACUUGCCACAAGAAGCCUUCAAGUCAGUUUGUCAUUUAGGUUUACAGAUGCCAAUUUUUUUUGGUGCCUCAGCCAAUGCUGUCUGUACAGCCAUCGUUGAGUGCAGUGGAUGUUCUGGAUUUAUAAAAACAAUAAAAGUAGGUUAUACAAGGGUGUCUGUCAUUGAAAGUGAGCCAGUUUAACAUUUCAAUAGUGUUUUAUUGAAAGGUGCACAUUCAUGUUUACAGGGGGUACAUGUCUAAUCAUUAGCCAAAUCAAGCCUGAGAAUGUGACUGCUGAAGAGAAAACUAGCAGCAAGACAUGCUUUGCACAUUGGUGAAGCAAUUUGGACCCUGUAUCUAACAUGUCUGGUUAGACACAGCCAUGACAGCAUGACUUGUCAAACCUGUUAGUCAUAAGAAGCAUCUCAGUUAGGAGUAUGUUGCUCAGCAAGGUAGAAACCUACACACUGAUUUAUAUCCCCAACAAGAAACUAAAAGAAAACAUAACUAAUCACCUUGGGUAGGAGUGUGCUUUAGGACAGUUCGGCAACCUAGGGUGGGAGUUAAGGGUUUUGGGCCCGAUUUCUUGGUUCCAUUGUAGUCAUAAAUUCACAAAACCCUUCUCCCUCCUCUUCCACAUGGUGGACUGAGGACCUAGGUGGUUCAAUACUUCACCGCUUUAAACAACCAGCGCCAAUGACUGCGCCGAUUCAAAUGAACAUACUGUACAUGCGCGCAAGCUGAUCAAACCAGGCAGGCAUGACCCUUGUCUGGCUGACUGCUCUCAAUCCCACCCUUGACUAGAAAGCCCUAGUCAAAGCAGACAAUAAAUAACCAUUACCACGAAAAAAAAAAA